AUUGUGUUGACGGUUUGAAUCAUAAAAUAUGGCUUUCCAAUGUCGCUCGAUUUGCAACGCAGUUUUAACAUAUAAACGUUUUUUGUUGUUAGUUCUUACUCCUUUAGUAUUCGCUCCUUUACCAAUUGCCAUUAAUGAAAAGGAAGGAAAAUGUGCUUAUGCUAUGCUCAUUAUGGCAGUUUAUUGGAUAACUGAAGUGUGUCCUCUAGCUGUGACGUCACUACUUCCUCUUAUACUAUUUCCGCUUCUGGGUGUCGUUGAGGCAAAGGAAGUGAGCCUGCCAUACUUUAGUGAUACAAAUGUUCUUUUAAUGGGUGGAUUAUUGGUUGCUGUUGCAGUGGAGCGCUGGAACCUACACAAGCGUAUUGCCUUGUUUGUCCUCCUCAAGAUUGGGGUUCAACCCAUAAGACUGCUGUUUGGCUUUAUGUCCGUGACUUCAUUCCUUUCAAUGUGGCUAAGUAAUACCGCUACAACCGCCAUGAUGGUUCCAAUAGCACAAGCUGUUCUAAAAGAAUUAAAGGAAGGUACAAAUGAAACAAGAGAAACUGAUGAAAACACCUUUGAAUUCGAAUUGGACAAAUUAAAAGAUGAAAUGAGCGAUGAAUCAAAAACUGAGUUUUCAAGAUGUAACGACAAUGAAGAGAUCGAAACGAAGCAUAACAGGAUUUGUAAAGGAAUUUUUCUAAGCAUAGCGUACGCGGCCAACAUUGGUGGGACUGGGACGUUAACAGGAACUGCACCUAAUCUUAUUCUUAGUGGUCAAUCGGAAGAGUUGUUUCCUGACAGCAAUGGAAUAGGCUUCGCUGAUUGGUUUAUUUACAGUUUUCCUCAGAUGAUCAUCUUGUUGUUCAUGGCCUGGAUUUGGAUUCAAUAUUUUUAUCUAAACACAAAGUUUUUAGAAUGUUUUCGUUGUCGUGCAAGAAAGCGAACAAUCAAAACGGAUUACGUCGAAAAAGCCAGAAGCAUUGUAAGACAACAAUAUGAAGAACUGGGACCAGUCACAUUUGCUGAAGUGGCCGUUUUGAUUCAUUUUGUGACUCUCGCAAUACUUUGGUUGUUCAGAGAUCCAAAGUUCAUCAGUGGCUGGUCUGUACUGUUCAAAAAAGGAUUUGUACGCGAUGGUACGGUUUCCAUUAUUGUUGCAUUUUCUCUGUUCAUCUUUCCAUCGCGCAUGCCCAAACUAAUUGCAAGGCUAGUUGGUAGGACCAUCAAUCACGAUGAACAAGAUGACUAUGCCUUCUCCAAAUCCCUUCUCGACUGGGACACAGUUUCUCAGAAAUUUUCAUGGAAUAUUCUUUUGCUAAUGGGAGCAGGUUUCGCCAUGGCAAAGGCUGCGAAGGACUCUGGUUUAUCUUUAUGGUUGGGUUUACAACUUAGUAAAAUGGAUAGUCUACCUGUGGCUGUCAUAGUUUUAAUAAGCGUCACGAUGUUGUGUGGUUUCACAGAAGUUACAUCCAACACAGCUACAGCAACAAUAUUUAUUCCUAUCCUAGGAGCAUUAGCUACUGCUCUUCAAAUUCAUCCAUGGCGUCUUAUGAUACCCGCGACAGCAGCCUGUUCCUUUGCUUUUAUGUUGCCAGUAGCAACUCCUCCAAACGCCAUUGUGUUUUCUUCAGGUUAUCUUAAAGUUACAGAUAUGGUAAAGACAGGGAUAGUGUUGAACAUUACAGGUAUAAGUGUGUUGAUGGUAUGGUUAUACACAUUUGGUUCAUGGUAUUUUGAUCUUAAUACAUUUCCUGAAUGGGCUGAAACGAUCGUGAAGAAAAACUCUACCAAGACUGUUCAAUGUAUAGUUCGUAACAUCACUGCUUGAGUAGAAUGACUGACAAAAUAAUUAAGUGUUUAUCAGAUUUUCAGUAAGGUGAAGUGCAGAAGCAAUGUGUUGUUCGUAACAUUACGGCUUGAGUUGAAUGACUGACAAAAUAAUUAAGUGUUUAUCAGAUUUUCAGUAAGGUGUAGUGUAGAAGCAAUGUGUUGUUCUUAACAUCACUGCUUGAGUUGAAUGACUGACAAAAUAAUUGUUUAUCAGAUUUUCAGUAAGGUGUAGUGUAGAAGCAAUGUGUUGUUCGUAACAUUACGGCUUGAGUAGAAUGACUGACAAAAUAAUUAAGUGUUUAUCAGAUUUUCAGUAAGGUGUAGUGUAGAAGCAAUGUGUUGUUCGUAACAUUACGGCUUGAGUAGAAUGACUGACAAAAUAAUUAAGUGUUUAUCAGAUUUUCA